ACCGCUGUAGUCUGCGCCAGUCAUCUUCCGACCGCCGACGGAGAUACAGAAGAGCCGGAAAGGCGCGAACAUGUCUGACUUCUCCGAAGACCAGAUCAUCGAUUUCAAGGAGGCCUUCCAGCUGUUUGACCGGACUGGCGAUGGGAAGAUCACCUACAAUCAGUGUGGAGACGUGAUGCGUGCCCUGGGGCAGAAUCCCAUCAACGCAGAUGUACUCAAGGUCCUGGGAAACCCCAAAUCUGAUGACAUGAACAUGAAGAUGCUGGACUUUGAGCAGUUCCUGCCCAUGUUUCAAACUAUUGCCAAGAACAAGGACCAUGGCACCUUGGAGGACUACGUGGAGGGUCUGCGUGUCUUUGACAAGGAGGGGAAUGGCACUGUCAUGGGUGCUGAGUUGCGUCAUGUCCUCACCACACUAGGGGAGAAGAUGACUGAGGAAGAGGUGGAAGUUCUGUUGGCAGGACACGAGGAUGCUAAUGGAUGCAUCAAUUAUGAAGAACUCGUCAGGAUGGUCAUGAGUGGCUGAAGAUAUCAAGAAAAUUUUCUUUUAAAUAUGUAUUUUCCUUCAACUCGCUCAUGUGUUCCACUUGCUGCACUAGGUUUUGUUGCCCCUUUUUUGUUUUUUGUUUUGUUUAAAGUGCCUUUAUCUGUACGUAUGGACACUCCCACUGAUCGAUUGUAAAGGCGAGUCUGAAACGGAAGUUCGCAAUAAGGCUGUAGUUACAUGUAUUGCACAAUGUUGUAUGUUGGCAAUGCUGCCGCAGUCUUAUCUGUCAGGCAAGUGAGACUGCAGCUCUUUAGCCUGAGUAGAAAAGGGCAACUGUUCCAUCCUGCCUUUUUAUGUGUAGAAUUAGCUAGGAAGCUGUCAGCAAGCUGUCCAAACAUGAACCUUUUUCUUUUUUUUCUUUUUUUUUUCUCUCCAUCCAAUAUCUUUAUUUUCCCUAACUUUUAUUGCUUUGUUCAAACAAAAUAAAAUUUAUCUAGUUCAGUUUU